AUUCAGAUCCCUUUAAAGUUUUCACUCAGUGUUUCAUUGCAGGCAUUUGCUAAAAUAAAAAAAGUUUACAUUAUUCCCCCUGAAUGUACACUCAGCAUCCCAUCUUGGCAGAAAAAAACAGAAAUGUGAAAAUGUUUGCAAAUUUAUUAAAAAAGAAAAACUGAAAUAUCACAUGGUCACAAGUAUUUUUGACCAUGUGACAUGCAUGUUACACCAGGGGUCAGAAACAACCCAAGUAAUUCACAUAUACAAGUAAAAUUAAAGCAAAUUAGUCCAUAAGUGAAGUGUUGGGCAUACUAAGAUAUUCUUUAAUUUGUGACACUCUUUCCAUUUCAAAAGGAAAUCAGAGCAGAAAGAUGGCUGACCACAUACUUUAGGGUAUAUAGAUCUGACCAAUGGGACACACACUCAUGUCUGGGACGGUUUAACACACACUUUCAGGCAUUAACAAACACAAGUAUGCCCACGCAUAUGCACACAGAGACACACACUCUUAAUGGGGACCAGUUGGCUGGGGUAAAACAAAGCUUUUUGGAUGGCUUUGUUCUCAGCUGAUCACAUCUUUUCGAGGCGGCUUAGAGGUCUGAGUUGAAGUAUUAGAGACGUUUUUAGUAGAAAGAACAUUUAAAGACACAGCAGAAUGCUUUUCAAAUGUUACAUUCAUUUUUCUUUGACAAUUUUAAUGUGCUGACUGAAAAAAAAAAUAUAUUGAAUAGCCUCAUACUUUGAAAUGUUGUCACAAUCAUAACAUUGUUUAUUUAAUUGUAAAGUGAGUUCCCAUUUUCUCCCAUGAUGCCUAUGCUCCUUAGUAUGAGUUGUUGCAAACUGAAAUAGUCCUCACAACGUUUGAGACAACUGUUUGUGAGCAUGAAGCUUGUGAGCACGCUCCUGUAAAUUCCCUGUAAUGCCAGAGAUCUGAUAGUUUCCCUCCUAGUGAACCUGUCUGGAUGUGUCUGUUCUGCCUUUGUAAAAACAAGCCUUCUCGCCUCUGAUGGUGGUGAGAUUAGGUUUUCUGUGGCUUCUAGUUAGCCACAGGGCUAACUAGAAGUCCUGUGGUGUUUUUCCAAGUCUGGAUUGCAGGUUUAUAGCCAGUGGAAGCUCCUAGGUACACUGAUGUCAAAUUUUAACCUGUGAUAAUAUGUAUUUCCUUUGCCAAAGUUCCAAGACAGAAAAACAAACACGUCUGUGUGUGAAAGUGUGACUUAUAUUUUCAUGGCUCUGCUCAGCUGCAGUGGAAAUUUUCACACAUCUGCCUUUGCCUUUGAAAUCAAAGACGUUGCUUCCUUUCAUCUGUCUCAGACUGUUAGGCUGUCUCCAGAGGCAGUCGUUCCUAACCAUAUGUCCAGGUGUCUUCUUAUCUGCCUGUUUUCUUCUGUUUCUGUCUGGUGUGAGACUACACACUUCUACAUUUCUUCAGUCUAUUUAAUGUAGCUCUUUGUUUUCAGGUUUCUUGGUGUGGCAAUGCUGUUAUAUGCAUGGGACACCUUCUUUGAGACAAAAAAGCUCAAAAAUAUACAGUCAUAUAUUGGCUUAUCUCAAAAUCAGUAAAAAAAAAAGCAUAUGCAGUAAUAUUUUUUUUUUCUGUGGCUACAAUGUAGCUUAACACCAUCAGGGUGUAAAUGUGGGAAUGUAUAGGAUAAUUAACUACAGACUUGAUAAAGCACUAUACAAAUACAGGUCACCAUUGUUUUGGCAACGCUAUGCUAACUCAAUUAUAGGAAGAACUACUAACUUGGCAGUCGAUGACACUCGAGAAAGACGGUAAGCUACAAAUGAUCAUUAAUAAAAAAAAAACAUCUGGUUGUUUAUGAAUAUUAAUUGAAAGUUGGGUGGAAGGAAAAAGUGUGGCAGAAAAGGAACACUAGUAAAAGGGGAAAUCAGGAGCCCUUUCGGUGAUUUUGAAGCAAGAGCCCAUCUGAGAUAUUCACAAAUCAAACCUGUAUUCACCACACUGAAAUGUAUAUCGCACAACUGACUGCAACUUCUUCAUUCACUGUGCUAAGCACACUUGUGGACGGGGAUAAUGAGAAAAAAGAUAUGUUUUGCCUUUUUGUUUUUUAAGAUUAAAUAAAAUGUUGCAUCUGGAAAUUCAGAGAUGAUUUGAGUCAUGUUCAAUGCUGCUGUUAGUCCACUGUGUUUUGUGGCACUUCUUGCUUCCUCCUGCCAUCUUCCAGUAGGACUCGGCUGUUUUCAGUUAUUGGUGUCUAAACUAAUAACCACAGUUUCAACGUGUUUGAUUGCGCAGCAAAAUGGGCUUAGAGAAUCUAUGGAGUUCUGUGAGAUCCCAAAUCUAACAAUGCAGAUGAGCUGAAAGUUCCUAUUAAAUCAACCUGGGUUUCCUCAAUAUCUCAACAGUCUCCUUCAUAUGAACUCCGGAAAAGUAAAUAAACACAUAAUUUUGUCCAACAAGUUUUGCUUCUUGAAUCAAAGCAGAUCGCUGAUUUGGUGUCCUGCAUACGUUCAGACUCCAGUGGGAGGAGCCAAACGGCGCUGUUAGGUUUUAAAUCCACACGUGGUCUCCGUCUCAGGGCUUGUUUAGCAGCAACGACGCACUGCUGAAAACUUCUGACGAAACUCAUGCCAGCGCACUGCACACGUCCGCCGCAGCAGGGGUAAACUGGACCACACAGAGGCGAGAAUGCCAUCUCACCCUCUCAACCAGUUUUCCGAGCUGGAAGACAUAAUGAGCAAGCAUUUUCUCAGUCUUGACCUUGGAGAGCAGAACAGACCGUCCCCCUCUGUGAACCUGGCCAUGACUUCUCCAGGUUACGCCGGCGAUCUGUGCAGAAGUUCCUCGUUCUCUCUGUCCAGCCUCCCCGCUGACUCAUCAGACGGCCUGUUUCUGGCCUCCAGCCAAUGGGGGCAGCCAUCAGAAAGCCUGUCGCCCUCCCAGCUUGCUGCUAACUCCAACCAGUGGGGAAAGUUUGGUUUUCUCUCCCAACGCUCUGUCAGCCUGGUGGAGACGAGGAGCAUGCCGGCGGCAAGCCUAGACUGGCCCAGCACUGAACUGAAGACGUCCCAAAGCGACCUGAGCCCCACCGCCUUGCAAGCCGCUGGCUCUUCGUCAUCCAGCUCCUCGUCGCGCUACAAAACCGAACUUUGCAGAUCUUUCACAGAGAACGGCCUGUGCAAGUACGGCGGGAAGUGCCAGUUCGCCCACGGCCCGGAAGAGCUACGCGAUCUAAACAGACAUCCUAAGUACAAGACUGAGCCUUGUCGCACCUUCCACACCAUCGGCUUCUGCCCGUACGGGAUCCGCUGUCACUUUAUCCACAACAAUGAGGAGGAGAAGAAGCCCACCUUUUCCCGCUCGUCCUCGUCGUUCUCCUCCACCCUUAACGUUUCUCAACAGCCAGCAGGCUCCUCCUCUUCCUCGUCCUUGCGCUCUCACCGGCCACCUCUGGUCAGGCAGAGUUUUAGCUUUGCCGGCUUUCCUUCCGCUCCUCAGCAUGUCCUCCAGUCAGUCCUGACCGGCCACACGCCUCCCCCUGUUGCCCCCACUGCCACCUCGUUUACAUGCGGCUCAUCAGGCUCCCCUGCUUCCUGUGCCGACAUCACCGACCUCCUCUCCAGCGCCUUUCUGGAGAUGGACUCCGCCUUCGAGGCGUCCGGCAUCCAGCAGUGCCAGCCCUCGGCGGGCCACGUUGCCCAAACCGACCUGCGCUCCCCCUUUCUGCCUUCCCCCGACUCAGGCUACUCCCCCAGUGGACUGUCGCCCACCAGCUCACCCUCCCUCCGACAGAGCCCCAGCAGCACCGACCAUCUCCUGGGGUCGCUUGGCGCCCGCUCUCUGUCUUAUACCUCCCUGUCAGAUCAGGAUCAGGACGGCGGCAGCUCCACCAGCUCCCUCAGCAGCUCCGAGUCGUGCGGGGGGAGCAACGACAGCAACGGGAAGCGCUUGGCGGUGUUCAGCCAGCUCUCUGUCCCAUAGGAUUGCUGCUGGCUUCUGCCUAAAAGCAGCAGAGGUCUUUGAAAUGAAAUGUUCUCACCUUUAACUUCAGUAUAUUUUCGCCUGACUGACACAUAAGACGUUCUUUACAAACUGUGUGGCAUUAAAGGAGACGAGGACUUGAUGGCAGACUCAAAACACUUUAUAGAGAUUUCCCUGUCUAGAUUUAUGUGGCUAAAUUAUUACCCCAACAUGCACAAGCCACACUGAUGCGUAAACUAAAGCAUACAUAUCACCGUAGUAGUUUUACAUCAACAAAUAUGCUUUUAUUCUUUACGUAAAUAGUUUAUAUGUGCCAUGAAGACAAACGGCCAAACAAAAAAACCAAAUCAGUGUGAUACGAUUGAUUUGCUAAACCGCACAAUCAUUCACUUGUCUAAAUGUUUCAUGAAUGGUUUGCAGUAUGUGACAAAGCCAAAGAGGACAUGUUUUUGCAGCUCAGACUUCCUAAUUACGGUCAAACAAAUGGUGGCCAAUGUUCAGGAGUUUGCUCCAAUAACUGUACACAGUAUUGUUUAUAAGCUUGUGAAAUAGUUUUGUUUUUUUUCUUUGUAAAUGUGCAGUCUGAGGUUAUGUUUAGAUUACUGGCCUUAAACCUGUAAGUCAGAGGGUUGUCUGUUUUCUUUUUUUUUUUUUUUUUUCUUUUAAACUAUGUGCCUGUAAUGUUUUUAUCGGGUCCUGUUACGUUGUUGAGCCAAGAUUCUGAUUUGUUUGGAGAGAUGGAAAUGGAGUCUCAUCCUUUUUUCUUUUUUUUUUUUUCUUGGAAGCAUUAAUUCAAACUGUCUUGGUAUGUGUUGCCAGCUUGUGGGCGCUAGUUGCAGGCCUAACCAGCAAGUCUAAGCUACAGUUUGAAGCAUAAACGAGAUGCCAGCUAUUGGCAUUUGGCUUUAACAUAUUUAAAUCAAAUCCUUCUUAACAGCUCUCGUCAAACACCUCCAUUUUAGGUGCUAAUGGUGUUUUUUGAAUUGAUCUUUGACACAGACGUUGCUAUUAGUGAGUCUUUGUUUUUCUUUUUAUGUUGUCUUUCUUGCUCUCGUCCACGGGUGCACCGUUACAUCUUCAUCAAAUGUUUUAGUGAUUCUCGUCUUGUUGCAUCUCUCCAUCAUCCAGUGUUAAUCCUUGCUGUUACGGCUUCAUUCUGUUCUCCUGAUAAGAUCCACUUGAAAUGUGUCCGUUGCCUUACUGAAUUAGAUCCGGCAUACUGUAGAGGUUUAGAGUACGUAUGCUUAGUGUUCUAGAAACAUUACUCGGCUGUAUUUUUUUUUUUGUUUUUGUGUGUGUGUGUGUGUGCGUGUGUGUUUACAGUAGUUGGUUAGACGAACAGGCGUCGUGACGUUCCUGGUCUAUUUAAGAAUCGCCUUUUUCGUCGACAAGUUUGAGACCUGUUUAGAGAUAAAGGUGAACAUCUUUAGUAAAUUAAUUUCUUUAAUUUAUUUUAACGUAUUUAUAGAGGACUUCUCAGUUAAUGCUUGUAUCGAGUUUAAUAUAUUUGGGUUUCUUCUGCCUUUUUCUACUGAAAAUAAAGUUUUUCUUUUUUUAAAAAUAGCUUGUUUCUUUG